AUGCUGAAUCUUGGUAGAGCAAGAAUCCAAGGUAGACAAAACAGAUCCAUGUCUUUUGAAGGAUUAGAUUAUGCAGACCAGAAGAAGAACAAUGAUUACACAGGGAAGAUUGUAUUGGUUAUUUCCCUUACAGCAAUGUGCAUUUUAGUGCUCAAGCAAUCUCCAACUUUCGAUACUCCAAGCGUGUUUUCUCUACAUGAGCCUGGAGUUACACACGUUCUAGUCACUGGUGGUGCUGGAUAUAUCGGCUCACAUGCAGCUUUACGCCUUCUCAGAGACUCAUACCGUGUAACCAUCGUGGACAAUCUAUCACGUGGCAACCUCGGUGCAGUUAAAAUAUUACAGCAGCUGUUUCCUGAACAUGGAAGGCUUCAGUUCAUUUACGCUGAUCUUGGAGAUGCACAUGCUGUUGACAAAAUAUUCUCAGAGAAUGCAUUUGACGCUGUGAUGCAUUUCGCAGCUGUUGCUUAUGUUGGGGAAAGCACACAGUUUCCUCUCAAGUAUUACCACAACAUCACAUCCAACACAUUGGUAGUUCUAGAGACAAUGGCUGCUCAUGGUGUGAAGACUUUGAUAUAUUCAAGCACAUGUGCUACUUAUGGAGAGCCUGAGAAGAUGCCAAUAACAGAGGAAACUCCUCAGGUCCCAAUCAAUCCUUAUGGAAAGGCUAAGAAGAUGGCAGAAGAUAUCAUCUUGGACUUCUCCAAAAACUCCAACAUGGCUGUCAUGAUCCUCAGAUACUUCAAUGUGAUUGGGUCUGAUCCUGAGGGAAGACUUGGUGAAGCUCCAAGACCAGAACUCAGAGAGCAUGGAAGGAUCUCUGGUGCUUGCUUUGAUGCUGCACGAGGCAUCAUUCCCGGUCUACAGGUGAUUACCACUCUCUUUUCUUUGUGUCAUCACAUUCAUUACAUACCAAUCUUUGUUCCAUGUUUAUUCUGUUCUUUUUCCGUAGAUUAAAGGAACAGACUACAAGACUCUUGAUGGGACUUGCGUACGUGACUACAUUGAUGUCACAGACCUUGUUGAUGCUCAUGUUAAAGCUCUUGAAAAGGCAAAACCUAGCAGAGUUGGAAUCUUCAAUGUUGGUACCGGGAAAGGUAGCUCAGUGAAGGAGUUUGUGGAAGCGUGCAAGAAGGCCACAGGGGUUGAUAUAAAAGUUGAUUACUUAGAAAGAAGAGCAGGAGAUUACGCAGAGGUUUACAGCGAUCCAAGCAAGAUCAGAGAGGAGCUGAACUGGACAGCUAAGCACACAAAUCUUAAAGAGAGUUUGGAAACUGCAUGGAGAUGGCAAAAGCUUCACCGCAAUGGCUAUGAAUCUUCUUCUUCAUCCUCCUUGUUCUCUGCAUACUGAUUGCUCUUCUAGGACUCCUUUCACAAGUAGAUGAUAGCUAGAGAUUAGAGUCUUGGUUCUAGAUGGUAGUGAAGGGAGUAGAAGAUGAUGUGUUCUUAUUUAUUAUUACUACUAUUGUAUUACAUAUGAGAUUUUAUAUUUGAUUAAUAAUGGUUUUAGGUUAACUCUAGGAAGGUCCAACGUUUGCACCUGUUUGUAAAAGGUUACCUCUCAAAUAUAUUAUUGUGAUUGAGGUUGAUCCAAAUCAUGUGUCCUCUUGUUUUUGUUUUAGCUGCUGAUUGUUCUGAUUUAGAUUCAAACCAUGUGUUUAUGAGACAGGGAGAUUGGUUGUAGACAUGAUUCCACACAACUUCUUUUAGCUUUGCUUUAGUCAUGGAAGAGUGAGUCUUCAGGCGGUUGAUUUGGGCCUCAUGGGUCAAUAUAUCAAAUCAGUUUCUUUGACUAAUGGGCUUUUGUGUAGUGAUAUGAACGUUAGACUGUCUAUCUUUGUCGAUUAGAAACAUGGGACAUUUUUUCGUAUUGACAAGCCAGUUUUUUACCUAAAGCAUAUAUCAUCACUGAAUUAAUGUACUAUAGUCAGCUGAACGAACUCAAUCUACACAAAUUUAAAUUUUUAAUCAUUUAUACUAUAGCUAAAUUCAC